GCCGAGCCACCAUCAUGCCUGGGCAUUUACAGGAAGGCUUCGGCUGCGUGGUCACCAACCGAUUCGACCAGUUAUUUGACGACGAAUCGGACCCGUUGGAGGUGUUGAAGGCAGCAGAGAACAAGAAAAAAGAAGCCGGCGGGGGCGGCGUUGGGGGCCCUGGGGCCAAGAGCGCUGCUCAGGCCGCAGCUCAGACCAACUCCAAUGCGGCAGGCAAACAGCUGCGUAAAGAAUCUCAGAAAGAUCGCAAGAACCCGUUGCUGCCCAACGUUGGCGUGGUUGACAAGAAAGAGGAGACGCAGCCGCCAGUAGCGCUUAAGAAAGAAGGAAUAAGACGUGUUGGAAAAAGACCUGAUCAACAACUUCAGGGUAAUGGGAAAAUAAUUGAUAGGAGACCAGAAAGGCGACCACCUCGUGAACGACGAUUUGAAAAGCCACUUGAAGAAAAGGGUGAAGGAGGAGACUUUUCAGUUGAUAGACCGAUUAUUGACCGGCCUAUCCGAGGCCGUGGUGGUCUUGGAAGAGGUCGAGGAGGCCGUGGACGUGGAAUGGGCCGAGGAGAUGGAUUUGAUUCUCGUGGCAAACGUGAAUUUGAUAGGCAUAGUGGAAGUGAUAGAUCUUCUUUUUCACAUUACAGUGGCCUGAAGCAUGAGGACAAACGUGGAGGUAGCGGAUCUCACAACUGGGGAACUGUCAAAGAUGAAUUAACUGACUUAGAGCAAUCAAAUGUGACUGAGGAAACACCUGAAGGUGAAGAACAUCCAGUUGCAGACGCUGAAAAUAAGGAGAAUGAAGUUGAAGAAGUAAAGGAAGAGGGUCCAAAAGAAAUGACUUUGGAUGAAUGGAAGGCUAUUCAGAAUAAGGACCGAGCAAAAGUAGAAUUUAAUAUCCGAAAACCAAACGAAGGUGCUGAUGGGCAAUGGAAGAAGGGAUUUGUUCUUCAUAAGUCGAAGGGUGAAGAGGCUCAUGCUGAAGAUUCGGUUAUGGAUCAUCAUUUCCGGAAGCCAGCAAAUGAUAUAACGUCUCAGCUGGAGAUCAAUUUUGGAGACCUUGGCCGCCCAGGACGUGGUGGCAGGGGAGGACGAGGUGGCCGUGGGCGUGGUGGCCGUCCAAACCGUGGCAGCAGGACUGACAAGUCAAGUGCUUCUGCUCCUGAUGUAGAUGAUCCAGAGGCAUUCCCAGCUCUGGCUUAACUGGAUGCCAUAAAACAACCCUGGUUCCUUUGUGGACCCUCCUCUCUGAGGUUUUGCAUGCUUAAGGAUCCCAAACGACUAAGAAAUUAAAAAAAAAAAAAAGACUGUCAUUCAUACCUUUCACACCUACAGACUGAAUUUUAUCUGUUUUGAAAAUGAACUUCUCUAGGUACACAGAAGUAACAAUAUGGUAGUCAGUUUUGUAUUUAGAAAUGUAUUGGUAGCAGGGAUGUUUUCAUAAUUUUCAGAGAUUAUGCAUUCUUCAUGAAUAUUUUGUAUUGCUGCUUGCAAACAUGCAUUUCCAAACUUGAAAUAUAGGUGUGAACAGUGUGUACCAGUUUAAAGCUUUCACUUCAUUUGUGUUUUUUAAUUAAGGAUUUAGAUGUUCCCCCAAUUACCGACCGGUUUUAAAUACUGGACAUAUCAGUUUUAAUACCUGCUUUGCAUUUUCACACAUGGUUAACUGGGACAUGAAAACUUUGUCAAAUUUUAUGCUGUGUGGAAUAGUAACUACUUUGUGUAUUUUAACUUAGUUUUAAUAUUUUCAUUUCUGGGAAAAAAUCUUUUCACUUCUCAUGAUAGUUACAUGCUAAAUCUUUAUAUACAGAAAUACCAGACUUGAAAAAAUUCAAAGCCCAUUGGUUUAUUAACCCUUGCUCCUGCAUGGUUCAUUGGGUUCCAAUUAUAAUUGAUUCACAAUUUCAAAAUGUGUGACUUUCCCACUUUAAAAACCAAAUUAGACCCUUACUGGUGAAAGUUGUUUAAGCUACUUAUUGUUGAUAGACACAUCCUGUUAGGUGAAGUAGUUUUAUGGGUGUUGGGCUUUUCCCACUCCAAUAGAGUGGGUGGAACAAAGUUGAUUUGGCUAAUGCAUAAUGAAAUUUCAACUGUAUGGCAA